GUAACCCCCACCCACGCUUGUUUUGUUUCGCUCGCCCAUCUUCCCAGCGAACGUUCUAAGAACCUACCAGUCUCAUGAGCUCUUCCCCUGGAUGCUUGGAGCCCGAUAGACUGCUUGGUGAGGGAGAUGAAGAGAAGGAGGGAGAAAGAAAAUGUGCUUCAUCUGCUUUUUCCGUCGACAACGGCGUUGCCAAAUCCUUCUGCGCGCGCCCAGCUGGUUCUCUCUCUCUCUCUCUAUCUAUCUCUCUCUCUCGCUGUGAUUCUGUCCAUACAGAAUGGAAGAAUCGAGUAACGGGAAUGGAGUUAGGGACAGAGAUCGGGAAGGGAACACCCGCCCAGCCGAUUCAGGUGAGCAGGUUGCUCCUUCCACUUCUUCCGGCGGCCUAUACCGCCAUCACCACCACCACCAUCAACAUCGUCACCAACACGAAUCCCCUCCCACUGUCUCUUAUCGUGUCAGCGUUUCAUUAUCAUCGGAAAGUGCGUUCAACUACUCCGAGCUGCGAGAGGAGGCCUGGUCCUGUGUCGUGGUUCUUCUAACUUUCUGGUUUUUCGCAGCUUCUAUGACGCUAAUUCUCGGCUUCUAUGGAUCACUGAACCUAAGCCUCGGACCCAACUCUUCUUGCCUUCUUCAGGCCAAUUCUUUUUUCGUCCAGGAGAUCAAGGUCAACGCGGAUGAUGAAACCGGGCCUGCGCUUUAUAGCUUCUCCAAACCUCCUCCCUUGAACGUGGAGACCUCCUGGUUUGAAGACUUUAAAGAAAAAAUGGCGCCCAAUACCCACAAGGAAUGGGUGUACCAGCUGAAUGUAGGUUCUGAAAUCAACAUCUCAUACAGCAUCACGGGUUCUUCACCGUUGACACUUGUAAUAGCAGAAGGCAUAGAAAACCUUGUGGAGUGGAUUGAUGACCCAUCAUAUCCUAAUACCACAUUGUCAUGGAAUAUUAUUCAAGGUAAUGGUUCUAUUCACCAGAAAAUUUUCAAGGAGUCUGAAUAUUAUGUUGCAGUUGGCAAUUUACUACCAGAUGAGCUGGAGGUGAAGCUGAAGUUUGGAAUCCAUUCUUUAUUGUAUAAUGUCACUGGUGCAUAUGACCAAUGCAAACUGGAGAAUGGUCUCUGCGUGUUGAAACUCUUGAUUUUUGGAGCAAAUGCUGCUGUUCUAACCACUCCCAGCAAAAAGAUGGGUGAGGAAGGUAACAACUGGUACGUUACAUUGUCAUAUGGGCCUCGUUGGGUCACAUAUUUUGUUGGUUCAGGUGCAUUGACAAUCAUCGUCUUGUUGGUCUUCAAAUUUAUAAGCAAAUUCAGAUCCACGAGUGGGGAUAGGAUUCAUCAUCAGUCUGAAACGUUAGCACCUGAGAGAACCCCUUUGAUCUCAGACCAAGAUGAUGACUUGAGUAGUUAUGGAUCAUCAUAUGAUUCUGCUUCUAAUGAUGAAGAAGGGCAAGAAGAUAAUGUCGGUGGCUUAGAUUCUGUUGAAGUGAAAACUCUAGAAGAAGGUGAUACCAACAAGCAACGGAGGCUGUGUGUUAUUUGUUUUGAUGCUCCAAGGGACAGUUUCUUCCUUCCGUGUGGUCACUGUGCAGCUUGUUUUCCAUGUGGCAUGAGGAUCUCAGAGGAACUAGGAAGUUGCCCCAUUUGUAAUAGGAAAUUGAAGAAAGUCAAAAAGAUAUUUACCGUAUAAAAGGAAAAUUUGUGGAUAUUAGUGAUGAUGCAGCCUCAGGUGUAGCUCCAUGCAUCCACUUGCGUUCAAGAUUGGUGAUGUUGAUUGAACUACGUGUUCCCAUCAACAUCAUCGGGUAGAGGCCACUGAACUUUUUCUGUUUCUUUAUAAUUCUUUUCCUAGCUUGGAUGGUGCUUUACUAACGUCGGUUGCGUGGUGGAGCGUGCCCCUUCUCACUUAUCGUACUACCAUUUCAAGGCUUGAAGAUUUUGACUGCAAAAUAUGCUAGUGGUUGAAGCUUCAUUUGCAAGAAGGAUGUUGUUUGAUACUGCAUAUGAUUCAGGAAAGUCUGUUUUCCUCCCUGCAUCGCUGAGUUUCCUGUAAUUUCCUGCAAUUGCUUAAUGAACUGUUAUACCUCAA